GGAGCAGUUAUGUGUUUGGUGGGGUCCGCGUGAGCAGCAAUAUCUUUGGGGUUGUGUGGAUAUAGUUGCAGCUUUUUCUCCAGGUCGAAAUGGGAGGUUUGCAUUAUGUCUGUGUUCUGGCUUGCACUUUUUUCGUUUCUCAAGCAAAUGGACUCAAAACGUACCGAGACAUGUUCCCUCAUAAGCAUUCAGUAUCGAUGAAGUUUCCACCGAUCCCCGGUUGGAACCCAGACAGUAACCCGUGGGAUGACUAUCUUUACCCACCCUUCAGUCCCAAGGAACUAACGCGGAGGAAAGGUCAGCCCGUCACAGUUCGCCUGACCAGUGACAGUCCUGCGAUCAUUGGCUCUAUGGUGUCAUUUACGGCCAAGCUAGAGUACCCACCGUGUCAGAAGGAGGAUGCCAAUGGGGAGCUGGUGUGGGAUGAGCAUUGUCCGGAUGGUGUGGAGCUGGAGGCCUCAGCUAACGGUCAGCUGAAGCAUGGCUAUGUGUUUAACUGGACCUCCUGGCUAGAUGACUACGGCUUUGGAAAGUGUACUGACCUGAAGAGAUGUAAUGUCUUCCCAGARGGGAAACCCUUCCCUCAGAGCAACGACUGGAGACACAAGGGCUACGUCUACGUAUGGCACUCCAUGGGUCAGUACUCUGAGACGUGCGAUGGCUCCUCUUCCACCCUGACAGUGAACACCAGUGACAUCACUCUGGGGCCGGAGCUGAUAGAAGUCAUGGUGUACAGGAAACGUGAGCGCAGGAAGUACAGCCCCCUGGCCACAGACAAGACCAUCUUCUUCGUCACAGACAAGAUCCCAGUGGCGGUGAAUAUUUCCCAGAAGGCAGCAUCCAACCUGUCGGCGAGCGUGUUUGUGCGUGGUGAGGACGUGGUGUUCAGUGUGUCUAUUCACGAUCCCAGUAACUACCUGAAGACUGCCGAUGUCGUCGACUACAUCUGGGACUUCAAGGACGGCAACCAGCUGGUCACCCAUAGCAACGUGGCCACGCAUGCCUACAGCGCGGACGGCGAAGUUAACGUGAAGCUGACGGUGGAGGUGGCGAUCAAGAUCCCGUGCCCCCCGCCAACACCGAUGAGUGUUACUUCGCCACAAACUAAAGCGGCCCCCACACCUCCCACUGGCACUCACUCCAUCACUAGCAAAAUGGAAACAACCCAUGGUUAUGUGCCAGUCACCACUGCCAGACCCACCUCCAAGGGCCCCAACACACCUGUUCCUGGGACAACGGGCUUCCCGACGACAGAGCCCCUCCCCCCGACAGUGGCUGAUGUGACCCAGGGGUUCAACCCGACCUCGCUGCUGCCAGCUGUCCCCACCCCUUUGGCCCAGCUCCAUCACAGACACCUGGCGGCCACCGACUGCUUCCGCUACCUCUACGGAACUUUCCAGACCAACAUCACCAUCAUCGAGCACCUAAUCAACAACCAGCCAGCCAAUCGAAUCGUGGACGUGUCUGCUGCCAAGGUGACCAACACUGACAUCAGCUUCCUGGUCAAGUGCCUGGGCAGCACUCCCACCUCAGCCUGCACCACCGUGUUGGACCCCUCCUGCCGCCAGGUCAGGAACAUCGUGUGUGACGACGUGCCCCCGUCUUUGGGGUGCGAGGUGCGCCUGCGGAGGACCUUCCUGGAGCCGGGGAUCUACUGUGUCAACAUCACCUUGGAGGAUGCCAGCAGUAUGGCCCUCGCCACCACCACCAUCACCAUCACCAUCAGCAACACUGACCCUGACACACCCGUGUCUAAAGCUCCUCAUGCUGCAGAGGUUGUACUCUCCUCCAGUGCUAUCCUGGUAGCCAUCUUUGCCUUCAUCGCCUUCAUAGUCUACAAGCGCUAUAAGGUCUACAGACCUGUGACGAGGUCCCUGGUGGAGGAUGCCAGUGUCCAUGUUGAGAUCGGGGGUCGUAGGGGCCGGCUGAGGGAGAUCAUAUUCCCCACCAACGAAGAGAGGAGUCGCCUGCUGAUGGACAGACGCCCCGUGUAGACCCACCGUCGGUACUACAGAAGGGAAGCAGAGCGAAAUAAAAUGAAUAGAACUUACACUCGUCUGUCAGUUAGGAUAUUGAGUAUCUGUUCUACACCAUACAUUUCUAUCUGAAUGUUCUGUAACGUUAUAUAAUCCUGAACAGGCACUAGCGUUUUUUCUUAGAGGUUCUUUAGUAACAAAUUAUACAUUUAGCACAUUUAUAAAUGCAUCACAAAGAUGAUAUAUAUACCAAUAAACAAGAGAACUUCUUCACAUUUUAGUGUGUCAAAGUAACACUGUUAAUAGGUAAGAUGGCAAGAGGUACAUUUCACCUGUGCUGAAAAAUAUGAAAAUAUGAAUAUCUUUUCUGUUUAGUUCACUUUGUAGUAGAAAAGCACAAGUAUGUGGCAAAUGGCAAGAAUUAAGAGAAGUUUGCAAUAAAGCUGUGUUUUGAAGUUGGAGCGGGCAGUGUUUGAGGCAGUGCUGGGGUGUAUUCAUUCCACCGAUUGUUGCAAAACGUUUCUUAAACAGAACGAAACGGGGCGGGACCUACCUGAAU